UAUAUACCACCAGAAGCUAGCAGGAACGGGAAGGCAGGUCGGUCAUACACGUAAGAUAGGACGAGUAUGAGAGAGCGAGAGCAAUAGCAAAGCCCAGUGAUGGCGACGCUGCUCUCCAAGCUCCUAGCUCUGCCUCAACAAUGGCAGCUCCUCCUACUCCUCCUCCUCCUCCCAAUCGCCUCCCUCCUGUUGGUAAUUGGCAGGAACACCGGCGGCCGUCGUCGCCGGCGGCAUCUUAGACUGCCUCCGGGCCCAGCGCGGCUGCCGGUCCUGGGCAACCUGCUCCAGCUGGGCGCGCUGCCGCACCGGAGCCUGCGGGAUCUGGCGCGGCGGCACGGGCCGGUGAUGAUGCUGCGGCUGGGCGCGGUGCCGGCGGUGGUGGUGUCCUCGCCGGAGGCGGCGCAGGAGGUGCUGAGGACGCACGACGCCGACUGCUGCAGCCGGCCGUCCUCGCCGGGGCCGAUGCGGCUGUCGUACGGGUACAAGGACGUGGCGUUCGCGCCGUACGACGCCUACGGCCGCGCGGCGCGCCGGCUGUUCGUCGCCGAGCUCUUCAGCGCGCCGCGCGUCCAGGCCGCAUGGCGCGCGCGCCAGGACCAGGUGGAGAAGCUGAUCGGGAAGCUGACACGGCCGGAGCCGGAGCCGGUGGAGCUGAACGAUCACAUCUUCGCCCUGACCGACGGCAUCAUCGGCGCGGUGGCGUUCGGCAGCAUCUACGGCACGGAGCGGUUCGCCGGCGGCGGCAGGAAGCGCUUCCACCACCUGCUCGACGACGUCAUGGACAUGCUCGCCAGCUUCUCCGCCGAGGACUUCUUCCCCAACGCCGCCGCCGCCCGCCUCUUCGACCACCUCACCGGCCUCGUCGCCCACCGCGAGCGCGUCUUCCAACAGCUCGACGCCUUCUUCGAGAUGGUCAUCGAGCAGCAUCUUGACUCUGACAGCAGCAACGCCGGCGGCGGCGGCGGCAACCUCGUCGGCGCCCUGAUCGGCCUGUGGAAGCAGGGGAAGCAGUACGGCGAUCGCCGGUUCACCAGGGAGAACGUCAAGGCCAUCAUCUUCGACGCGUUCAUCGGUGGGAUCGGGACGAGCUCGGUGACGAUCCUGUGGGCGAUGGCGGAGCUGAUGCGGUCGCCGCGGGUGAUGCGGAAGGUGCAAGCCGAGAUCAGGGCCACCGUCGGCGACCGAGAUGGCGGCGGCAUGGUGCAGCCGGACGACCUGCCGAGGCUCGCCUACCUCAAGAUGGUGGUGAAGGAGACGCUGCGGCUGCACCCGCCGGCGACGCUGCUGAUGCCGCGGGAGACGAUGCGCGACGUGAGGAUCGGCGGGUACGAGGUGGCGGCGAGGACGCGGGUGAUGGUGAACGCGUGGGCGAUCGGGAGGGACGCGGCGAGGUGGGAGGAGGCGGAGGUGUUCGACCCGGACAGGUUCGAGGCGAAGCGGGUGGAGUUCAACGGCGGGCACUUCGAGCUCCUGCCGUUCGGGUCGGGGCGGCGGAUCUGCCCCGGCAUCGCCAUGGGCGCCGCCAACGUGGAGUUCACGCUGGCCAACCUGCUGCACUGCUUCGACUGGGCGCUGCCGGUGGGGAUGGCGCCGGAGGAGCUGAGCAUGGAGGAGUCCGGCGGCCUCGUGCUCCACAGGAAGGCGCCCCUCGUGCUCGUGCCCACUAGAUACAUACAACUAUAGGAGUACAAAUGAAAUGGAAUUUAGCUAGUAGCAAAGCCGCGACUUCGGCCUUGAUUAGUUCCUAAAUUAUUUUUUUUCCAAAAACGUCACCUCCAAUCUUUGGAUAUAUAUAUAUAAAAUAUUAAAUAUAAAUAAAAUAAAAAAUUAAUUGCACAGUUUGUAUGAAAAUCACGAGACGAAUCUUUUGAACCUAACUAGUCCAUGAUUAGCCAUAAGUGUUACAGUAACCCAUAUGUACUAAUGAUGGAUUAAUUAUGCUUAAUAAUUUCAUCUCGUGGUUUUCAGGCGAGUUAUGAAAUUAGUUUU